UUAUAUGAAGUUCGAUACAUAAGUAUGCUUCUUUCAACUUGAAGUUUCGAAAGCAAAAGCCACUUAAUAUUCCAUCCUGCAGGCUGCAUCUUGCCAUCUGUAAUAUAUCAUAUAUUGCCUGUCUACCUUGCAUCAUGACUCUGGGAGACUUUUCUGCUUGUAUAUUCAUCGAUGACCAGGAGCUCCCAGAGUAUGAUGUCGUCGUUUCUAGUACGCCAACUGAGAACAGAAUAACGUGCUGGAUCGCGUCAGCCGAAGGCAAGAAAUUUGGAGUCAGGACGAAGGUCUUAGCUAAACAGACCUCGGGAAUUAUAACAACCGUCUUUGUUGACGGUAUUAGGUGUCGUUCGCAUGUUGGGCCUCCGGGCUACGUUGGUACAUCGGACCGCACGACUCUGAGCAAUGGUUUUGUCAGAAGAGAUUUCGUGUUCUCUAAACUUGAGCUUACUGAUGACGACUCAAUGCUCGAUGAUCGAACCUCAAGUGACAUAGGUCAAAUUGUGAUGGAGAUAGCACUGGGGAAGUACACCAUGAAGGGACAAGUAGUGGGUUCCCAGAAUGUGAUUGAUCACACUCUUCGUGUGCCGGAAGGCAAAGUGCAUGAACGCUCCAAGAAGGCAUGCUCUCAUCGUGUUACCUUCGGAGAAGAAGCACCCGAUCAUGAACCAGCAGCAGCCUUCACCGUCAUACGAGACAACAGUCCGAAGACUGUCUUCGUAUUCAAGUACACACGCUUGGACAUCCUGCAAGCAAUGGGAGUAGCACCAUAUACACCAAUCACAGCAGAGACAGAGACAGAGGAUCAUAAUGAUGAAAAUGAAGUCAUGGAUGGGCCUAACGAGUCCUCGCCCUCAGAUGAUGUCAAGCCACUGGCAAGGAUUCGAGAGCUAGAGAUGGAGCUCCAGCGCUUACGUGCACAAGUAGAGGAUCGGAAGCCCUCACUUGUCAAGUUGGAACAUGGGGGAUCGCGACGGAAACAUGCCGUCAUGGAGAUUAUUGAUCUCACUGAUGAUUAGCUUCUCUGUCUUUCUUCGGGUUGAGGCUUAUAUGCUACCGCUCCAAGGAACUCGAUCAUUUGCAAGAUACAUGCAUAGUUUCUGUGUGGCUCGAAAUCAUUAUUGUGGAUACGUAUGUAUGUACAUUGCAUUUGUACAGAACUUCUUAAAAGUCUGUCGCCACCAGUCCUGACGUUACGCUUAUAAUACUUUCUUAGUAAAUAACUGUACUGUUGGUACACCUUUUUCUACAACCUCUCUAAAUAUUUCGAGUCGUAGACUUCGUAUAAUUAUAGUUCGCAUCCCAAGGCUUCAGAA